AAGGAACCUAUUAAAUAUUGAGCCGUUUGGUGGUUGAGCUGCUUUGCCUGAAAUGGCAGAAGCCAGUAUUUCAGUAGCUCAAGAUCAGUUCAUCUGUUCGAUCUGUCUGGACCUCCUGAAGAAACCAGUGACCAUCCCUUGUGGACACAGUUACUGUAUGAACUGCAUUACUGAAUACUGGAAUUAUCAAUCGAAAGUUUACAGCUGCCCUCAGUGCAGACAGACCUUCAAACCGAAACCUGCUUUAAACAAGAACGUGGUGAUGGCAGAAAUGGUGGAGAAACUGAAGACAGGAUUAUUAAAUGCUCUCAGGUGUGCAGGACCUGGAGAUGUGGAGUGUGAUGUCUGCUCUGGGAGAAAAUAUAAAGCUGUGAUAUCCUGUCUGGUGUGUCUGGAAUCUUACUGUCAGACUCACUUUGAGCGUCAUGAGGAGUUCCACUCGGGCAGACACAAAGUGACCGAUGCUACUGGACAACUGAAGCAGAUGAUCUGCUCUAAACAUAAUAAACAACUAGAAAUCUUCUGUCGUACUGAUCAGUGCUGUAUCUGCUAUUUGUGCACGAUGGAUGAACACAGAAAUCAUGACACUGUAGCAGCCGUGGUGGAGAGGACAGAGAAACAGAAACAGUUGGAAGAAACACAGAGAAGUUUCCAGCAGGUAAUCCAGGAGAAGGAGAAAAAGCUUCAGGAACUGAAAAAGCCAGUAAAGACUCCUGAGCGCUCUGCACAGACAGUGCAAGACAGUCAGAGAAUUGCUGAACCAGCCUACUCCACUGCGGUCACAGUGAUCAGAGAUCAAGAAAACACUGCAGGCAGUCGAGAUGAAGGACAACUGGACGUAGGUCAACUGGAGCAGGAGAUUGCAGAUCUUAAGUGGAGAGAAGCUGAGCUGAAGCACCUUUCCGGCACAAAUGAUCACAUCUGUUUUCUACAGUGUUUCCAGUCUCUUGUUUCACCUCUUGAAGCCUCAGAUGGACCCAUUAGGACCAGUUCUCUUCUCACAUCUGAUGUGCGAAAAUCUAUCUCUGAACUGAAAGAGCAACUGUACAGUUUGUGCAGAGAGGAGGAGAAAAAAAUAUCUAACAGUGGUGAAGCAAGACCACCCCUACCUCUCAGAACACAACUUCCACUACCAACACGCCUUCCAUCUCUCCAAUCACCACCCUCACCACCGCCACCUCUCCGUUCUCAGCUACCACUUCCACCAACACCUCCAUCUGUCCAACCACCACCCUCACCACCCCCACCAUUCCAACCACCACCUCCACCACCACCGGCUCUCCGUUCUCAGCAACCACUUCCACCAACACCUCCAUCCACCCAAUCACCAAAUGCACCACUCCCAUCUCCCCGUUCUCAGCAACCCCUACCCCGUCCAUCCGUCCAAUCACCACCUCCAGCACUCCCAGCUCUCCGUGCUCAGCAUCCACUUCCACCAAAACCUCCAUCUAUCCAAUCACCCCCUCCACUUUCCCGUUCUCAGCCACCUCUUCCACCUCCAUCUCUCCCAUCACCACAUCUACCACUCCCACUUCCUCGUUCUCAGCAACCACUCCCACCACCACUUCCAUCCCUCCAACCACCACCCUCACCACCCCCAUCUCUCCGAUCACCCCCUCCAACACUCCCCCCAUCACCCCCACCUCUCCAAUCACCAUCUUCAUCUCUCCCCCCAACUCUCCAAUCAUCAUCUUCAGCACUCCUCCCAUCUCUCCAAUCACCACCUCCACCACUCCCCCCAACACCCCCAGCUCUCCGAUCACAACCACCCAUCCCACCACCCAAACCUCUCCGAUUACAAUUUCCACCAUCUCCAACUCUCGGCUCACAAACUUCACCUCCACCACUACCCCCACCUUUCGGUUCACAAACCUCACCACCACCCUUACCCCCACCUUUCCGACCAAACCAUUGAAGGCCUGGGUUUACUCCUUUUUUACUCUAACUUUCACAAUGCAUUUUAAAAUAUACUCAACUGUGGAUAAGCAUGGAUACGGGAGUUUGACCACCCAGUGGACUUUAUCUGUGUGAACAUUUGCCUUGCAACUGCACUGUUGUAGUAGCUCUAUGUGCCUACUGCCUAGAGAUAAAAACUGGCCUGCACACAAACGUUCAUGGACAGUCCUGAUGACUCUAACUGCAUUACAAGGAAAUUGCACAAACCUGCUUUGUUGUUGCUUGUUUUUAUCCAAGUGUAAACAAUCAAAAAUGCUUUUUGAUUCCCAAUGUUUUGGCAUGUGGCAAGCCUCAAUGAAAACAGAUCUUCAUAAACCUCAAAUGCAAUCCUAUUGACUAAAAUGGACACACAGUGGAUACAAAGUCACCUCAAUAUCCCUUUUAAAAGAUUCAUGAUAUGAUAUAUUUUCUUUUAAAUUGUUUUACACUUUGUUCUACACUGUGGUGUUGUGUUAAAUGCUUUGAUAAUGCGAUAGCAUACUGUAUGGGUAGCAUGGGUCUCAAACUCAAUUCCUUAAGGGGCCACAGCUCUGCAGUUUUGCUCCAACCCUAAUCAAACACAGCUGAUCCAACUGAUCAACGUGUUCGAGACUCUUUUGAACACCUUGAUUAGUUGGAUCAGCUGUGUUUGAAUGAGGUUGGAGCAAAACUGUGCAGAGCUGUGGCCCUCCAGGAAUUGAGUUUGAGACCCAUGGAUUAGAACAUAAGUCUCAAGCUCAAUUCCUCGAGGGCCGCAACUCUGCACAGUUUUGCUCCAGCCCUAAUCAAACACAGCUGUUCAAACAAAUCAAGGUGUUCAAGACUACUAGACGCUACUAGAUCAGCUGUGUUUGAGUAGGGUUGGAACAAAACUGUGCAGAGCUGCGGCCCUCCAGGGAUUGAGUUCGAGACCCAUGGAUUAAAGGGUUUAUUGUCACCAUAGGUUUGACUAUAGCGGGUUACUGUGAUCACACGGGGACACUGUUAGGUGCAUGGUGGAAUUGGCGACAGGAGGCUGUUAGGGUUCUGUAAUAAAGAGAUUUAUAAAACUCU